CCUCAUGCCUUGUGCACACCUGAACCGUUUUUCACAUGGAUCCUAACCUCACCUUGGAAGUUUGAAUGUUUUGGAAUAUGAUAGUGAUAAGGGAGUGAAAAUUGAAUAUGUCCCUAGGGAGUGUGAGAAGAGCGACUGAGGAGGAGGAGUGACUCCCUGUUUGCAUCCAGAUGUUCUGUGUUUCCCUGCCUGCACUUUGGCAAGCACACACUCUCUGGACAGAUUCCUCAAGAUCCUCUGGAAAUUAUGUUCUUACUAUAAGGUGUUGAAAACUGCCUGGAUAAUGGAGAACUCAAGGACUCUGGUUAUUUUGGAGAUACUGUGGGUCUUGGCGGUGCAGGGUCAGAUUGGUGCCCUUCAUGAGGCGGAGAUCGACCUGCUGAAAGCUCUGAACAUGUCCCGACAAAUAAGUGGAGUGUCCAGGCUGCACAGUCCCGGCAGUGUCAUGUACAAAAUACGUUCCAGAGCGCCUCAUCUGACCCUUCCUCCAGACUAUUCCCGCUUCCUCUACUCUAACCAGAAGGGCAGCUUGGGAGUGCAUCUGGUGGCACUUCAGGCGAAAGACUCAGAGGCCACACUCCUGUCUCUCUCCGCUUCCUCCUCACCAAUUCUCCAAAUCUUUUCCUCCACCCGUAACAACAGCCUGCACAUUGAAUACUGGGGGGAGGAUGGAGGUCAAGGUUACAACUAUUUGCGUUACCCCAACAGAAACCCUUUCUCCAGGGAGGACUGGGUGCGGCUGGCCAUCAGCCUUGAGCCCAAUAAGCUGUUGUUUUUCAUAGAUUGCAAAGAAGCAGUGGUUUUGCCGCUAAAUAGUGGGAAGGAAGUCAAACUGGAGUUACCCAGGGAUGUUGUUGUGACACUUGCCAGCGCACCAGGGAACAAAGAAAGUAAAUUCAAUGGACAACUGAAGACAGCCAGGAUUUCGCUGAAGGCAUAUCUGCGGCGGCCAUGGCACUGUGACAAUGUUACAGAUGCCUUCCUUCCGUCCCAGGACGAAAGCGACCCAGAUCCUCAAGCUGAUACCGGGCUCAAACUGCAACAGGAUGCGUCCUCUAAUCAACAUCAAACAGGUCACGGGCUUGUAGACCAAAGAGGCCAUUAUCCUCCUGAUGUACAGAAUGACCAGCAUCAUCGAGGCGGCGUCCUGGGACCACCAGCUUUCCCCCACGGGGCUAAAGCUUCGUAUCAGAAAGAUGACAGAUUGAAGAUACUGGAGAGGAGGGUGGAAGAGCUGGCUCGCAUGCUGGACAUGGUCAAAGCACAGAAUACUGACCUUCACUCUCGAGUACAAAAGCUAGAGGAAUGCGAGUGUGUGAGGCAGAGAUGUAUUUGGGAGGGACGUGUCGUGGAGGAUGGACACCAGUGGCAGACUGACCUCGUCACUGUAUGUACUUGCACUUCAGGAAAGGUCACUUGUCAAGCUCAUAUUAAAGAUUGUGCUCCGGAUGGUCAAGUGCAAAAUGUGUCCUAUGGUUCUGAUGACGGCUGCCAGACGUGUACAUGCAGGGAUGGUAAAAAGGUUUGCGUCCCUCUACCUUGCCCUCCAUUGGAGUGCACACAAAAAGAGACCGUACCUGGAGAGUGUUGUCAGCGAUGUAGAAGCUGCAUCUAUUCUGGGAUCGAAUACGAUCACAAUGCAAAGUGGAGGCCAGCAGAGAGCCCCUGUGAAGCCUGUCACUGUUUGGAGGGUCAAGUUCACUGUGAAAGGGAGCGAUGUCAUACUCCGUGUACAAACCCAACCAGCCCUCCUCCUAACACCUGCUGUCCUGUGUGUCAAGGGUGUGCCGUGAAGGGUUAUGACUUUCCAAAUGGAGCGGCGAUCCCCACUGGAGACAGAUGUCAAGAGUGUACGUGUGUGAAUGGCAAUGUGGUGUGUAGGUCAGCGCCAUGUCCAGCGGUGUCUUGUCCAAACCCUGUGUAUCGUGCUGGAGACUGUUGCCCACGGUGUGAGCAAUGCGAAUAUGAAUCGAUAGUUUAUCAGGACGGACAGAAGUUUCCAUCCAGAAAUGACCCCUGUCUUCGGUGCCGCUGCUCUGGAGGUGAGGUGUCUUGCGAGAGGACGGAGGCCUUCUGUCCCGCACUUCCCUGCAGUCAUCCAGCCAAGCGUAAAGGGGAGUGCUGCCCGACAUGCUCUGAGUGUGAGUACGACAGUAAGGUGUACGCAGAUGGGAAAGUGUUCGUGCCACCAGGCAGUGGUCCUUGCUUGCAGUGCCGGUGUAAGGCAGGAAACGUCAUUUGUCAUGAAGAGAAGUGCCCACCUGUCCAGUGCUCCAACCCAAUUAUAGACCCACAACGCUGUUGCCCUAUCUGCAAGGGUACAGACACACAUGCAGCACCUCAGCGUGUUGACAAUGAAGAUGGGAGUGACGGGCAGCCCGUGGGACCCUGCUCCAGUUGCACAUGUGUGGAUGGAGACACCAAAUGUACACUACCCCAGUGCCCCACCACCGACUGUCUGGACCCGACCACCGGCUCUUGUUGCACUUGUGACAGCUGCACAUACAAUAAUCGUAUCUAUAGUGACGGCCAGAGGUUUGUGACACCAGAUCAGCCCUGUCACGUCUGCAUCUGUGAACAUGGACGCGUCGAGUGUAAGAGACGAUCUUGUCCUGCGCUCAAUUGUACCAACUCCUACACACCAUCUGGAGAAUGCUGCCCCAAAUGUCCAGACUGCCACUUUGAAAACCGUGUGUUUGUGGAUGGAGAGGUGUUUCCUAACCCGGUCAGUUCAUGUGAGGAGUGCCGGUGCGUGAGCGGCAGGAUCGACUGCCACCCAGCUCAGUGUCCUCGUCCUCAUUGCAACGCUCCUCGGCCUGGAACCUGCUGCCACAACAACUGCGAUGGGUGCAGCUAUGCAGGGAGGGAGUAUCCCAACGGUCUGGAGUUUUCUCAUCCCACUGACCCGUGCAGGACAUGCAGCUGCAUUAAUGGAAAUGUCCAGUGUCUUAAAAAGAGGUGUCCGCCUCUCCCGUGCUCCAACCCGAAUGCGCUGCCUACUGACUGCUGUCCACAGUGUCCUGUGCCCCCUUCGGACUGCGUCUUUGAACAACAACGUUUCAGACACGGACAACAGUUUUACCACCCGACUGAUAGCUGCCGCUCCUGCAGCUGCACCAACGGAACAGUUCACUGUCAACGGAGGCAGUGUCCACUUGUUCGCUGCUCUCACCCCACCACUCGAGACUGCUGCCGGAGCUGCGAUGGGUGCAUCUAUGAGCGUAAGGAGCGAGCUAACGGGGAAACGUGGGAUGACACGUCGGACCCUUGCUCUGUCUGUGUGUGUCGUGAGGGAUCCGUCCACUGCGAGAGGAAACGCUGUCCUCCCUCAAACUGCAACCAUCCAGUGCAGAGGCAGUGCUGCAUGUCCUGUGAUGGCUGCUUUUUCAAUGGCAAGGAAUAUUCUGGCGGCACUGAGUUCAGUGACGAGAGAGACCCCUGCGGAGUGUGCUACUGUUAUGGAGGGGAUGUCGUCUGCUCCAAAAUACCUUGUAACAGCAACUGCCACCAUCCGUACAAACCGCCGGGGCAAUGCUGCGGAGAAUGUGAACGUUGCUUUUAUAACGGCGCUGUACUCGCCAAUGGCCAGUCUGUUCCGGACCCAAGUGACUCUUGCUCUCAGUGUACAUGCCAGCUGGGCUCCGUGCGCUGUGUGAAGAAAGCAUGCCCUGCAGCUCGGUGUCCCCAUCCUUCCCAAGACCCCUGUGGCUGUCCAGCCUGUGAUGGUUGUCAUUUCCAAGGUGUGAACUAUGUGGAUGGUCAGACUCUACCAGGUGGAGAGAAGCGCUGCCAAGACUGCACAUGUUCAAGAGGCGAGGUGGUGUGCGCGCCGAGGAGGUGUCCCGCUGUGUCGUGUUCACACCCAGCACUAGACGGAUGUGCGUGUGGGGUGUGUGACGGUUGCAGCUUUGUCGGACGAGACUGUUACAAUGGAGAAAGAUUCCCACAUCCAACUGAUCACUGCCAACUCUGCUCCUGCCUGAACGGAGGUGUGGUGUGUGCUCCCGUGUCCUGUCCGAGUGUGACCUGCCAGAGCCCGGAGACCCCACCUGGAGAGUGCUGCCCUGUCUGCACCGGCGCUUGCUAUCAUCUGGGAGACAAGUACGAGUCUGGCGCGUCCUUCACGUCGCCCUCUGACCCCUGCUCUUCUUGCUCCUGUCUGAACGAAGUGGUGAACUGUCAGAAGAGGCCGUGUCCAGUGCAGUGUUCGCACCCAGCCCACUCAGACACUUGCUGUCCUGUCUGUGACACCUGUCUGUACGAGGGCACCACCCAAGGUCACGGUCAGACAUUCACCCCGUCAUCUAACCUCUGCCAGCGCUGCACCUGUGUCAGAGGAACAGUGACCUGCGUUCCCCUGGUGUGCCCACCAGCGUUGUGCAGUCGGCCGAUAAAGAAGCCCGAUAAGUGUUGCCCUGAGUGCACAGCAUGUAUGCUCAAUGGACGUGAGUACAGCGAAGGUCAGACAUGGACCCUGAGCUCAAACCACUGUUCCACAUGCACAUGCCAGGCAGGAGAGGUGACGUGUGCGUCUCCUGAGUGUCCGAAGUUACCGUGUAUGCAUCAGGUGACCGACCCAGGAGCCUGCUGUCCUCGCUGCAGAGGUUGUAUGUACGGGGGUGAGGAGUACUCAGAGGGCAGCACUUGGUUUGACGACUCGACUCCCUGCAUGACGUGCAUGUGUGUCGACGGUGUCACGACCUGUUCGGAGGUGCGCUGUCUGUCUCCGUGUGUCAACUUCAUGGCCGUGCCAGGCGAGUGCUGCCCCGUGUGUGCAGACUGCAUUUUUGAGGGUCGCGUGUACGGCCCUGGUGAGAGUUUCCAGCCGGCGAAUGAUCCCUGCCAGAUCUGCACAUGCGAGGUCAUGCCAGAUGGAGAGCAUCACCUGCGCUGUUACAGGAAACAGUGCCCCAGUCUGGUCGACUGCCCGAAAAACAACAUCUUGUUCUCGGGACCGGACUCCUGCUGCCCUGUCUGUGCACAGCCGCUCAGUAACUGCACUGCUGCUCUGAUCGGAAAUGAAGUUCUGGCCACGGAUGAUCCGUGUUUCACCUGCCACUGCAAGGACCUGACUUGGACCUGUCUCCAUCGGUUUUGCCCUCCUCUCACUUGCCCUCGGAAUGAGCAGUUCACUCCUCAAGAUUCCUGCUGCCCUGUGUGUAGAGAUUGUGUCAUCGAGGGUCAGAACAGACGUGUGGCCAAUGGCAGCAGUUGGACGGACAGCGAUGAUGACUGUGUCACGUGCACCUGCAAUUUGGGCCAAAUUGAGUGCAGCAUCGAGGAGUGUUCCUCUCUGAAUUGCCUGUCUGGCCAAAAGCCGGCGAAGAUUCCAGGGAAAUGCUGCUUAGAGUGCCAAGACUCUAGAGCGUCUUGUUUAUAUCAGGGAACAGUGUAUCAGUCUGGCGAACAGUGGGAGGUGGACGAGUGCACCCGCUGCACCUGCGUGUCAGGGGACGUCCACUGCUACAGCGAGCGCUGCCCGCCCCUCAACUGCGCAACAGAUGAGAUGCCGUCGGUCAUUCCCGGGUUGUGUUGCGCUCACUGCAUCCCUCGUCCAGCGACCUGCAUCGCCUUUGGUGACCCACAUUACCGAACGUUCGACGGCCGUAUGCUGCACUUCCAGGGGGCGUGCACUUAUGUCCUGGCACAGGACUGUAAGGGGGGAGACUUCAGUGUUCAUGCUACCAAUGAUGAUCGAGGGCGUAAAGGAGUGUCGUGGACCAAAGAAGUGACUGUGUUUAUAGCUGACAUCUCGGUGCAGUUGCUGCAGGACUGGGUGGUGAAGGUGAACACUGAGGUCGUGUCGCUGCCGUUUCUCAGAGAACCGCACCUCUACAUCGAGCGUCAGGGCAACACCAUUCUCCUCAACACCAACAUCGGCCUGAAGGUGCUGUGGAGCGGACGCUCACACCUGGAGGUGAGUGUGCCCGGGUCCUACAAGGGAGACACUUGUGGACUCUGUGGGAACUUCAACAACUACCACCAGGACGACCUCCGGAUGCCAAGUGGGAAGAUCAGCCAAUCGGAGGCUGAAUUCGGCAACAGCUGGAGGGUCACCAACGGGAGCCACUCGCUGUCCUCCUGCCGUCCUGGGACGGACGUGGACCCGUGCAAGGAUGCUGGCUAUCAGGCCAAGAGAAGUGCUAACGCUCGCUGCAAAGUGCUAAAGUCUGCCGUUUUCAGGCCGUGCCAUCGCGUCGUCCCACCUGAACCGUGGUACGGCGCCUGUGUGUACGAUCUCUGUGCGUGCGGCGCCAACGCUGACGAGUGCCUCUGUGAUGCACUGGAGGCCUACGCCGGUCAGUGCCGAGCCGCAGGAGUCGUGCUGCAGUGGAGGAGCCCGUCGCUCUGCGCUGUGGGCUGUCCGGUCGAGAGGGGCUUUGUCUUCGACGAGUGCGGACCCCCCUGUCCCGUCACCUGCUUCAAUGCCGCCGCACCACUGGGAGUGCUAGAGAGCCACUGUUUUAAGCCCUGUGUCCCGGGUUGCCAGUGUCCCGCCGGUCUGGUGUUACACAACAACCACUGCAUACAUCAAGACAAGUGCCCCAAAGUCUUCCACGAAAGCUCCACUUAAACCUGCUCCAACGGACGCUUGAACACACUCUCAUGCACUGACAGAUGGACUGAAGUAUCACGUCCCCUCUCAUGAAACACAGGCAACCAGCACUGAGUAUUUAUAUUUAUAAUGAUGAUAACACCUUUAUAUAAGACUAGUAUUAUUCAGUAUUUACAUGAUGUUAACAGCUUGUAAAUAGACGUAUGGUCACUGUACAGGUUCACUUAGGCCCCGGUGCAAUGUCUGACUGUAAGCCACAU